AUGUCUGAGGCCGAUAUUAAGAUGCUCACUACCAUGGACAGCCGUAAUAAGGAACCUCGGCUGGUGGUGGCAAUGUACGGGAAAGCCAGCGAGCUACAAAUCGGCUUCUCCAAUUGUGUCCCGUCUAUCUUGCGAGAGGUGAUUGACGGGAAGGUAGAAUAUAGCGAAGUGUGGGGCAUUAUUGGAGAGAAGGACAACUCUUCAACUGGGCCAAAGCCUUUUUGUGAUUCAGGCUCCUGUAUUUGGGACAUGGAGGGACGUGUUGCCGGCAUUGUGGUUGGCGGGCCUGAUGUUGGGUAUGCCCAACCUAUCGAGUGGCUUUUGGAAGACAUCCGUACGCAGUCUGGCAUCGAUGUAGAGUUAAUUUAG